GACUCAAUAAUAACAAUACAUGCCCAUUUUCGUCCUAUCUUCCCACUUUCUCCCUCCUCUCUCCAGCCCAUCAAUCAUGAUGAACCCGCCGGGAUUCUUCUCUUCCGGCGGUGACGGCCCUUCCCCGCAGCGGAGAGAGCUCCAAAUCCAAGGCCCUCGUCCGGCGCCACUCAAAGUCAGCAAGGAAUCCCACAAGAUCAAGAAGCCGCCGACUGCUCCUCUUCCCGCACAUCGACAAACUGCUCCACCGCCGCCAGAGAAUCAAAACCGCGAACCGGUGAUCAUCUACACCAUCUCGCCCAAGGUCAUCCACACCACGGUCAACGACUUCCUAUCAGUAGUCCAGCGCCUGACCGGGAACUACGCCACGUCGCCCUCCGCCAGUGACCUCGCAGCCUCCGGCGCCGUUGAUCUUUCCCCUGCUGCGCGUCUGGCUUCGAUAGAGAAGACUAGCCCCCCGAAAGAGAGAGAUCGAGGGGGUGGCGGGGGCGUCGGCGUUAUGGGUUUGGUGGAAGGGGUUGAGGUGGGUCAAAUUCCGGGGAUUUUGUCUCCGGCGCCGGCGACACUCCCUCCGAUCCCUCCAGGGUUCUUCUCUCCGGCACCGGACCCACAAACCCUCUCGGUAUUGCAAGAUUUAAACUAUUUCUUACAGGGAAGUAGCUUCAUUUCAAGCCCUUCGAAUUUGCUCUCAGCUCCGAUAAUCUCGCCGACCCUAUCACCAGACUUUCUCAGCCAGUUCUUGGACUUUUAGUAUUUUUCUAGAAAAAAAUUGACUGACUUUUUGGCACAAUUUUCAUAUUAAUUUUCCUGUAAUUGUAAUUGUAAUUUUGUAGCUACGAGUGAUUCAGAACCAAAAAAGAAAAAACUUUUUUUGGGCA